AAUGGGACGGCCACUGGACACCAGUAACACUCAGGGUGCUGCGGCAGGGACUAGAAGGGGGCGGGGAUAGUGGAAGUUGUAGUUCUGUAUCCCUCCGCCUUCCAGUCACGGCCGUCUCUCAUUCCGGAAGCGUCCAAAUCAGUAACUCGGCUGGCCGCAGGAAUCGGAGUCGAGAGCGGAAAGAUCGAUGAGCCGCUGGCAUUUAGAGUGGAAGAGAAAGCGAAGACGGAGCGGGCAGAAGGCGGGGUGCAGAGAGGAGCCGGCUGGCUGCAGGCUCAGGAUGUCCGCAGACACCAACAGCAGCUCUGGCCUGAUCCUCACCGCUACUCCCAGCUCUACAUCCCUUGUGACAAGCGUGCAGCCAACCUCCAGUACUAUUUUCAACAGCACUAACAUCACCAUACCCCAUGUCUGCUUGGUCAUUCUCUUUGAAGACAUUGGGAAUUCCAGGGUCAGAUACUGGGAUCUCAUGCUGCUAAUCCCCAAUGUUCUCUUUUUUGUGUUUCUGCUUUGGAAACUUCCAUCAGCAAGGGCCAAAAUCCGUGUGACAUCCAGCCCCAUUUUUACCACCUUCUACAUACUGGUAUUUGUGGUGGCUGUGGUGGGAAUCACACGGGCCAUUGUUUCCAUGACUGUCAGUUCUUCCAGUGCAGCUACAGUCACUGACAAGGUCCUUUGGGAAAUCACCAGGUUUUUCCUACUUGCAAUAGAGCUCAGUGUGGUGAUCCUGGGCAUUGCUUUUGGUCACCUUGAAAGUAAAUCCAGCGUGAAGAGGGUUCUAGCAAUCACUGCAGUCUCGUCUCUUGCUUACUCUGUAACUCAGGGCACACUUGAGAUCCUGUACCCCGAUGCACAUCUGUCUGCUGAAGAUUUCAACAUAUAUGGGCAUGGUGGGCGGCAUUUCUGGCUUGCCAGUUCCUGCUUUUUCUUUCUGGUUUAUACCCUGGUGUCUCUACUACCCAAAACACCCCUCAAGGAUCGCAUCUCUCUACCAUCCAGGAAGAGUUUCUAUGUGUAUGCUGUGAUCUUGGCUGCCCUGAACCUGGUCCAGGGAAUAGGAAGUGCCUUGCUGUGUGCUGAUAUUAUAAAUGGAUUAUGUCUUGUGGACGUCACUACGUUCCUGUACUUCAGCUUGUUUGCUCCACUCAUGUAUGUGGCAUUUUUGAAAGGCUUCUUUGGAUCGGAGCCAAAGAUCCUCUUCUCCUACAAAUCCCAGGUGGAUGACCCAGAUGAAACUGAGGUUCACCUCCCUCACCCCUACGCUGUAGCCAAGAAGGAGGGCAUAGACACUGGCUUCUACUCCAACACUCAAAUAGACACCACAGCGUAUCUCGAUGAUGUGGCCUCUAUGCCCCAUGUGGUAGGGAGCAUUAACAGCAUUGACAGUGACCGCUGGAAAGCUAUAAAUGCUUAGUGUUGGACAGCACAUUGGUGCCAGAAUGUCUGGAUCUCAAAGUUUUAAACUUCAGAGACUGAAGUGGUUAUUCCCAUGGAAAGGCAUUGGUCCUGAAAUCUCCUUUUCCAACAUCACCCGAGGAACAAGAUCAACCCCAUCUACAUACAGGAGAGGCCAGAGCAAGUGCUGCUAAACCUUUGCACUGUGUUUCCUUGCUGGGUUGCACUGACAAAGCGUAGAUGAUAUUAUUCAUCUCUGAGCACCCUUCGCUGUCAUAGGGCAGGCGAACAAUGGCGUACUAUUCCACAGCAAAUCUGUCAGCCCGAAAGGAUCAGUAUUCUAUGAAUAAGGCAACAUUUCCUUCAUACGUAUAUACAGUGGUCUUCAGUCCUUAGGAGCCAUUGGCUGAAUUCGAAUGACUCAUCUGUGCUCCUUUAAAUGUCUUCUCUUGUGCGCCGAUUUUUAAAGGGAUUCAGUCCUUAAAUUAUAAAAAAAAAAGUCUCUUUUAACCUUUAAUUCUGGAAAUGCAACAUUUCUUGAAAAUGUUAUAAUCCUUCUCUAAAGGGGCCAGUGAGAACACAUUAUCAGCAUGUACUAUACCCAAACAGGCAUUUUUAUCUUUACCUAUGCAAAACUGACAACACACAAACUGACGUUCUUUUCUUCUUACUGGCAAAUCCGUUGCUACUUUAAAGCAGGUAGACAAAAGUCCUGUGGAUAUUAAUGCAGGCGCCGAUGGGCUUCCCAGUUAAGGACACAUUAGCCCAUUUUAUAUUUUAAGGUAGUUUCCCUUUAAAAAAAAAAAAAGGUUUGACUCCUAGAGAAAAAGAUUUUGCAUUGUAAGACACAGUGCAGACAUUGGUCAUAAUAGUAGCGAUCCACUGUAUUGUUAUUUUAAUUUCAAUGUUUAAUGGAGCAACUUGACUCUAGUGUUGGGUUACAUUUUAUUUUGUUUUUAUAUUUCCAUGGAGCUGCAGAAGAAUCACAUUUGGUUUAAGUGCUGUUUCAUUUUAGGUUUGUAUUUGGCUUUGCUCCCAAUCUGCAGCACCUCUCACAUCUGUAGUUUGAUUGGCAGGACUGGGAGGCAAACUAGGAGGAUGUCACAAUGGGCAAGGCUGCUUGCUAGAUCUGUUGUGAAAAUGGUAAAACCUCAAGACAGGAUUUCUAUUUUCGGCUGCAUCAGUUAUUGCAUGUAACCAACCUAAUGCAACUUAUAGUAGCAACAAAAUUACCGACAUGCCGUGCCCAGCGCUGCUUGUGAUCCCUCUGUGAAUUCUUGCCUUCAUAGGACAAUUAGAUAUUGCUGUUAGACAUACUCUAGUAGCAGUAGUAAAUAGGUGAUUUGUCUUUGCUGCAUUUAUAGGAAAGGGAGGCUUAAACUGCAGAAGGCAAUUGGUUGCGCUUGUCCUUUUUGCUUUUUACAGGUCUUUUUAUUUGAUUAACAGAAAUAUUUUAUUCUUUAAGGUUUUUGUACCGUUGUGGAUCAUAGUUGGGAGAUUUUGAUGGGUUAUGGGUACAGCGCAAUGGCCCUGAAGAAGUGCAUGUACAAAUCAUUGGUUCUGUUUGAUGGUUUGUACAUAAGCUGGGAGUUGUAAAUCAGCACCAUCAGAAAAAUAGGAUUUUGAGCUCAGAAACUAAGGUUCUGAUUCAUUAUAAUCUUGUUGGCGAGGAAGAAGCAGCACUGUCCAUUUAUACCUACUAGAGAACGAGACAGUUGAAUGACUGCUUAUAUAAACAGCCUAUAGCACUGGUGGGCUUUCUGAGCUGAUGCGGUGGGCUCUGAGCACGAAAGGGACACAGGUUCCUCAUAGUUAUACUUGGCUGCUGUUGUUUGUUGGCUUAUCCCCACUGUUUUUGUUGGCAUAGUAAAUAUAUUGGUGCUGAGUGAGAUAUUGUUUCUCCAUAUUUGGUCAGAAACUAAACUGCACAUACGUAGGGGUGAAGGAGGCGGUAAAUUGGGUGCCCUCAGGUUGAGUGGUAGAAUCUCUGCUUCCUAAGAAACUUUGGCAGCAAGUGACAAGAUCUAAAUGGUUUAUGAAGGUCCCUAAUUAUUUUGCAGUUAUUCCUGUUUGUUAUGUAGUUGGUGGACUAUGGCCCUACUUGUGAACUCUGUUUUCGCCCACUGUUGAGAAUACCAGCACCCUUUAUCAAAGGGUGAAAAUUGUGUCCUCCCCCUUGAUACAUAUGCAUCAAAAAGAUCCUAUACAUGUGAAAAUAUGCUGUAGAGAGCUCCGUUUUCACCCGUUUGGAAAUAUGCCCUGCCUUCUCAAAGUUGUUUAGAAAGGGUGGAAAUAGAGUUCACACCAGUUCAAUAGAGGGGAACUGCACAGCGCUCUCUUCACUUUUAUAAGAUGUGUAGAGGCAUAUUCAUCAAAAGGUGGACUGUAUUGUCACCAUGACAAAUAUGCCCGUAAGUGUGCUGGUAUUGUUAGCAGAGAAGUAUAGCAUGCACACACUAUAGAUUUCAAUGCUGAGUGUCAGGAUAUGAGGAGCUAGCCCAGUUUCAAGCUAUAGUGGAGAUGAGUUGUGGUGGGGGCAGUUUCUGGCUCCUGUGGUAGCUGUAUAGGGAGGUACAAAGUGCCUCUGUUUUCUGUUUACCAGCAUUGUCGGAUCACACAUCCAUCUGACAUACCUUUAGUGCCCAAUCCCUACUAUGUUCUGCCACAGAUGUUUCUUAUACAUAACUAUCCACCCCCCUUGCUGUUGCAGGAACAAAAUUGAAUAGAACUUUUCUUUAAAAAAUGUUUAAUUCAAUAUGGCACUUACUUUAAAGGGUAACUAAACCCUUGCACUUAUGUCUUCUCUACAGCAUGUAUUAAUAUAGCAGUGCCUGCCCAGAGGUGCAGCAACACCAUGGCAUAAUGCUGACUGCCAUCUAAACAUACCCCCUUGUACAUGGCUGAUUCUUCAUCUCUCAGCCACAGAAGUAUUUACUAAGAGGACAUGAUUGUUUUGUGCUUUUGUCCUUUUAUAAUCCGCAGUACAAGCAGGGGUUCUUUUUAGGCAACUGUAUUGUAUUUACCUUUAAUGUUGGACUCCUCCUCCAAACCACCCUGACAAGGCUGGGCAAUAAAUUUAAUAUAAAUGUGACAUCUCUGCCGAACACACCUCAAGGACACUUGGGGUACAAAUCCAGGUUUACUUAAUGCUGGUUAUAUAUUUUUUAAGCCCAAGAAUGUGAUAUGAAUCUUGUAUUUGACGGCUUUCAGGUCUCUUGUUAUUCAGCUCUACUUUUGCCACUAGUGACCAGUUAACACUCAGCAGCAGAUGAAAGGGCUGGUUCACCUUCAAGCUAACUUUUGGUAUGUUAUAGAACUUUUCAAUUGUCUUCAUUUUUUGUUCCUGAACUAUUUACCUUCAUCUUUUGCCUCUUUUCAGUUCUCCAAUGCGGGUCACGGACCCCUGCAGCGAAAAAAACUAUUGCUAUUGUAUAGGUAUUGCCAAUUUUUAUUGCUUAUCUUGCUAUGCAGUCCCCUUACUAUUCAUUUAGUGGUUCAUUUAAGCAACUGCCCAGUUGUUAAGGUAUAUUGGACCCUAGCAACCAGAUAGCUGCAGAAAUAGCAAAUUUCAAAUUGUCUCAGAAUAUUACUACAUCAUAAUAAAAGUUCAGUUAUAGGAAAACUAACCUGUUAAAGAAAUGGCCACGGAUCGGCAAGUGUAUUUUUGCACUUCUUAUAAUCAAGAUGGGCCUUUACCUUAAAGGGCACCCUGAAAUUGCUUCCCUUGCCAGAGGUGCGGGCUAAUAGAGCCUACAAUCCGGUUGGAGGAAACAACAGUUAAAAAAAAAAACAAGAAAACUCCCUACAGCACUAGGCUGCCCGCACCAGCCAGUAGGGAGCUCCUGGGGCAGGCGUCCAUGUUGUGACACAGACAUUCGCUUAUCUAGCAAGUGCCACAACCCGAUCAUUAAGCGCAUGUGUGUACUGUAGGUGGGUGAGUUGCAUCCACGCAUGGAGCUGUACUCAUUAUGUACAUGGCUGUCUGCACCGGGAGCUCCCUCCUGGUUGGAACGGGCGGCCUAGCACUGGUGGGGGCUGUUUUAAAUAUAUAUAUAUAUAUAUAAUUGUUUCCCUCUACUGGAGUGUGGGCUCUAUUAGCCCUGGUGGGGGGAAGCAAUUUCAUUGUGAUAGGUGCCCUUGAAUAGGGGGUGAAUGCAUGUCAGGAGCAUUGUAAAGACAAUAAAAUGUAUGCAGCUGUGAAUGCAUUUCAUGGAGGGCCAAUUUACUGUGUUUAAAAUGCACUCGAGCUAUAUUACAAGCACCCAUGUGUAUGUAACCAAAAAAAGCUGGACUGCACCAUAAGUGAGUCAUUGGUAAUGUGCAACCCCAACUGGGUGGCUGUAGGUUGCCAAUGUCCUCGUUUAAAAAAAAAAAAUGUUUAACCUAUUUGCUGCCAGAAUGCUGGAAAUCAUUUGAGCUGGCUGUAGACAAUGUAAAACAAUCACAUUUUUUUUGUAUAACAGGGAGAUGUGCAAAUACUGAAGGGUAACUGAAGCAAUUGUCUAUUUAUCUUUAUUCUGCAUUUUUAUUUUCUCUUACCUGAAACAUUCCAGUAUCCAAUCUGGUUGGCUGAAGAGCAGAAAUAGUUGUCAGAAACAGAUGAUAUCAAUGCAGGUAACACUGAGGAGAGAAAAAAAUGUCUAUGUAUUUACAAAUACUAUAUGAAAUGUAAAUAUUAUAUUUUUAUGAUUGUUAAAAAUAAAGUCUGCUUUAGAAAAAGA